AGGAGAUGCCAGCCUGCUGACCAAGGAGCAACAUGCCAACAGACUGGAGUUGCCAGAAGCCAUGGAGGCCAACGCCAGGCUUCUAGAAGAUGGCUCCAGGAAGGCGGCCAAGAAUGUGAAUGCAGAGAUUGGUUCCUGAGAACCCCAAAGAGAGAAUCCACACCAGUGCUGGAGCCACGAAGGAAGCAGUGUCCCUGUGAUCAUAUCAAGGGCGGUGAGAAAAAACACAGACACCAAAAGCACCACAGGAAGCCAAACAAGCUCUCCAGAACCUGCCAACAAUUUCUCAAACGAUGUCAACUAGCAAGUUUUGCUCUGCCCUUAUAGUUCUGAGAUUCUACUCUUUCAAGUGAACACUCUCAGUGAAAAAGAGGUGAUCAACCCUCGGGCAUGUUCUUGUUCUCCCUACCCCCAUUCUCACCAAAAGCAUCCUAGUGCUCUCAGAAGGCACUGCCCAGCAUAUCGGCUACUGUGCUCUCUAUUGCCAUCUUCUCUCAUCACUAUGGAUUUCAAUAUGGGUUAAAUAAUUUAAAAUGACAGAGUCUCCCUUCCUCUUUUUAUUCAGCUCCCAGGUCUGU